UGCAGCGGGGUCCAGUCUGCUGCUGCAAGCGGAGCAAACCUGGCAACCUGGCAGCAUUUACGGGAGACCGAUUGGCAAUCUGGCAAUGCGGAAAUAGAUCUGGCACCCCCGAUCCAGGACUGAGUAGAGAGGCGUGACAUAGCGAGCAGAGAAGAGAGGGGAUUGCAUUGACAAAGAUAUAAUAAUCAACUCUUUUCUUCCUGUUUUUCCUUUUUUUAAAUAAAAGUGCUCAGGUGCGCUCCAUCUGCACCGGCUGGGAUUUUCCAGCGUUUGUUUCUUUUAAUUUGACAAGUCUGAGAAGAGGGGGAAAGGAGAAGUGCGUUUUUAUUGCGCGGAAACCGGACUUCUUUACUGACUUUUCCUUUUUUGCAUCAAGCAUGGAUCUGUUGGCGAAUUACAGUAUUUUCCAGGAACUUCAACUCGUUCAUGACACUGGUUAUUUCUCUGCGAUGCCUUCCCUGGAGGAGAACUGGCAGCAGACGUGCCUAGAGUUGGAGCGGUAUCUACAAACGGAGCCCAAGCGACUCUCCGAACUCUUUGACGAGGAGCUGGACUGUCUCUUAACGCCGGCUUUCAUGCAGGGUGGUGACAGUGACGAGGACCUGAUGGACCCCCUCCUCCCCAGCCUCCCUGACCAACCCAGCCCGCCUCCUCUACUGGUGACUCUUCCCAAGGUUCAGGCCAAAAUCCUCCAUGUGCCCAACCUUAGCAAGACCCAGUCAGAAGCAGGGACUGAAACCCUAACAACAAAAGACCAUGCCCUCGCAGGAGUUAGCGCUGCACAGCUUAGUGCAGCAGUUACAUCCCUAACGCCGCCGUCGUCACCAGAGCUCGGCCGCCACCUCAUUAAGCCAACACAAACACUGACUGCAACGGCAGACGGUACUCUAACACUCAAACUUGUGGCAAAGAAGGUUGGAUUAGGAGCGGCUAAACUGGUGGCAGCGCGAGCAUUACCGUCGCCGCCAAGCCGAGGAGGAGCCCUCAGUGACGGCGAGCAUGGUGGAGGAGGAAGCCUGGGAGGAGACGUACCAGAGAACAAAAAGAGAGUCCACCGGUGUCAGUUCAACGGCUGCAGGAAGGUUUACACCAAGAGCUCUCAUCUGAAGGCACAUCAGAGGACUCACACAGGUGAGAAGCCCUAUAAGUGCUCAUGGGAGGGCUGCGAAUGGCGUUUUGCCCGCAGUGAUGAGUUGACACGACACUACCGCAAACACACCGGAGCGAAGCCAUUCAAGUGCAACCACUGCGACAGGUGUUUCUCCCGGUCUGACCACCUGGCCCUGCACAUGAAGAGGCACAUCUGAGGGCAGAAGGGAGAAGGAGUGGGAGAGGAGGAAGAUGAAGAUGAAGAGGAGGAGGAGAGAAAGGAGGAGAGAGGGAUGGGCAGUCAAGCUACCAACCACCCGCCUCGUUCACCCCGUCCUUAAAGCAGUCGGCAAGCCAUGACACCUGCAGGGCGGCCAAUCCAUCUGAGAGGACCGUAAAAAAAAAAAAAAAAAAAAACGAACGGACUGACGGCCCUCUCUCACCGCAGACAGGAGUCGGAGGAAAACGAGGAGUAGCUAGAUUGUUGAUUUUCUUUAAAAUUACACACUCGCACACUUGCAAUAGUAAACACUCAACACAGCCGUCUUUGAAUGCAUCAUCCCGGUGAACCCCGGGCUGCUCUCAUGCGGCUCUGGGGGCUUGGACACUGCCAAACCAACAUAUACUUAACUUGCUUGAUGAAACAUUACGCCGCCUUUUUUCUUUCUCUGUAGUCAGUGUGAGUCACUUUGGGUGAGGAGAUAGUUCAGUGGGGAAACUUCAAUAUCCAUAUAAUAGUCAGUUUGUUAGUGCUUAACCGGAUUUUUAAAUCAAAUACUCAACUUUUUUCAUUGUUUUUUCUCAUACAUGGAACUAAAUAAACCAUCAUCUGCCGCAGUCAGCUUCAGUUACUUACGUGAAGAAAACAACAAUGCCAAAAUCUGCAGGAGAGAGACUGUACAGAUUGACUUCUAGCAGAGCUGACUAUCCUAACCCGUGUUGGACGCUGGGUGUUUCAGUGCACCUAUGGGACCUCGGUUCAGUCAGCGGGUGCUCCUGCAGCUCUCAGGCUCUCCUCCAGUUAGUGUUUGCAUCUCUCACCUUCACUGAGACGCCUGCCGCCUCCGCAGGCCAUCUGACAGAAAUGCGCAGCGACACUUUCUUCCCUUUUUUUCUACUUUGAGGACAAUAAUUCUUCUUAUUGUUGUUGAUACAAAGAAUGACACUUUGUUCUUUUCUCUCUCUUGGAGAAAAUGUCUUAAAACUCAUUGAAUUGUGUUUUUGAGGUGGGGGGAGGGGGGGGGGGGACAAAAAAAAAAUCUAAGAUGACUUCAACAGAAUGUGUGGGAUGAGAAGGAGGACGUUGUUGGUCUUUUAAUCCCCAUGUGCACCGGCUGUACUUUUGCAGUCUGUAAGCAACCAGCGGAUGAACAAGAAGAAGAAAAAAACAGAAACAUACCGACUCUCAGAAAAGGGAUUUGUAAUUUUUCUUUUUGUUUGAGAAAAAAUAAAAGCAAGGAGCAGAGAGGUCUUCAUUUUUUUUGUGCUGCUCCUUCUGCCCUGCGAUUCACUCCAGAUGGAAAACAAAACCCUCGUAUGACCCUCCGUGGUUUCGCACUCUGUCGGAGUCAGGCAGAGGACUUGCUUAAAAAACUCAAAACCUUUCUUCUUUUUUUUGUUCCUCGUUCUUUGUUUCUUUUUGUUGAUUCUAUGAAAACUCAUCCUGGAGCGCUCUCACAGACUCUAAAAUCUCAUCCCCCUGGCAUCACUGCAGGGCAAGAGCAGAGGCUGAUGAGCCGCUUUUUGGUUAUUCACGUGGGAUUUAAGACACCAACGGACCUUUUGUGCGCCGUGCCCGGACAGACACGGUCACACGCACGGCCUGGUCAAACUUGCCUGUUUCUUAUCCAUUGACUGCACUGACUUUUUUUUCUUUUUUUCAAUGUUAUCUGUGCUUUUUUUUCUACAGCGAAAAAAGGAACACAAAGACAAAAAAAUGAUAAAAAGACUUGAAAAAAAAUCCAACACAAAAAACAAUCCUGUCUCGCUCUACACAUUGUAUACAGAACAAGCACACAUACUCCGUCAACACACAUGCACACACACACACACACACACACACACACACACACACGCACACACACACACAGACUUACACUGCAGUUUCUUUUUGCUUACGGCUCCUCUCGAGAUAAGACUAAUAAGAUUUAGGAAAUAAUUAUUAAACUAAUGAACAGAGUUGGAAAACAAAACACUGCAUGGCAGCCUUUAGUGCAAAUACACACACACACACACAUACACACCAGCUCAUGUACGCACAGACACACAUACACACACACACACACACACACUCUUCCUGGAUUUAUAUGUUCUGCUCCCAGAUCUUUUUUCACAGUAGGAAUUUAGCAACUGUUGUUUAGUAGAGGAGUAUCUUAGCUCUCGGCUGGAGGUAACAAACGAUUCCAAAUCCUUUGAAGUGAGAAAUCAGCUUGUUCUCAGUUCCAACAAUCACCCACAUAUCCUUCGCUACAGUUUCUGCCUCUCAUUUAAUCAGCGUUUUUUACUUCAGAGACUCUUAGCUGCAAUCGGGGGUAUAAGCCACUUUUAUCAGACUUUCAUCUCGAGUAAAUAGAAAUAAAUCAACUCCGACAGGCCUUUUAUCAAAACUUCAUACAACUGCUGAAAACAUAUCGAUAAUCCAAAAAAGAUGCUUUCAUCCUGUCGAUAAUGUACAGAGAAUUUGAAUUUUCAAGGUCCCAUCUGGUUCUAUGAAAACAUCGUGAAUCAGCUUUUCAAUUCCAAAAAAAACAGACAAAUUUGACUUAAACAGACGUUUGGCUGUUGCACAAACUGUUGGUGGGAUCACAUCCUCGGAAAACUUUCCUACAAUUGAUGUCAACAGAACAGCAAUCAACAAAAGACCAAAUUUUUAUAUGAAGACGAUUCAGAGAAACUGAUUAUCACACUUAAAGCUACCCUGCAAGAUUUUGGCCCACCAGAACUGCAAUUUUAGUUUUGAGUUUCCAUAUACAUCCCAAAACUCAUAAUCAACAUCUAUUUACCCAGAUCAACAGACCAACAGAUGGAAGUAGUGAUGCUCAAGAAAUAUGAAGUAGUGUACCAACAAAGGCAAGAAAGAAGGAGACUGCUAAGGAACCAACACAUGAAUAAAUGCAGAAUUAAGUACUUAAAAAUAAAUAUGACUUUGUGAAGAAGGACGUAAAAUGAACCUUUUCAUUGAAUGUAAAACUAGAAAUUUUAUUUUUGUCAGAAAUCUUUCAAAGUAAACAUGGUGUUGUUUACAAGAAAACGUGCGAGGUAGCCUACCUUUCAAAUCAGCUCCAACUGAGACAUUUGGAUUUGUUGCAUUGUGACUUGCACUAAACUCUUUCCAAGUUGAAAAUACUUCCCCUUGAAACCCAAUGUGAAAUAUUCAUUAUUGUUGUACAAUUUGUCUUUGCAUUUUGGUCUUAUCGUCUGAUUACUGCAGCAUUGAUGUAGGCAACUUUCCAUGAAAGUCAGCACAUUUUAUUAAAAGAAUAAUCACUGAUUUUGAAUCCAUGUCGCUGAAGACUAAUGCAUAACAAUGGCUUCUAUCGCUAACCUAAGGGUAAUCACUUACCCUGGAAUCUCUGAUGUAAAAAAUAUCUCAUGAGAGGUGAAAACUGGGGAGAGCAAAUAUCCACACCUGCUUCUUUUGCUCAAUGGGUUGUAGAAAAUCUAAACUCGCCUUGUGAUCAGGGCAUUACUGAUACCGCCAACUCCAACACUUACACCGCUGCUCCAUCCGCCCACCACCACCUUUAUGCCCUGUAGCGCACGCUAACAGUCUAAUACUCACUUCUGACUGGUACGACUGGGUAAGGGUUCACGGUUCCUGAAGCUGGCGGGGGUUUUCAUAUCCCAGCAUGCCCAGUCAUCGUGCCAGUCGGCCUUGCCAGCCUUCAUUAGGUGAAACAGUGAAAACAUUCCCCUUCAAGGGGGUUUUAUGGUGCAGCUUCGAACAAUCGAUACCAAAAACCUCCAGCGUGGAACUGCCCUUCAGCCACGGGCAAAGUCUCCCGGGUCAGGAGAGAUCAGCGGGAGACCGCCUCCAUAUGAGGCCUCUGUAUCCAGCGGCAGCUUUCUCUACUAACUCUCUCUUUCUGCUAAAUACAGCGUAAAGCAACCCACGUUUGGGAUGAAUCCAGUGUUUCACUUUUGAUUUUACUUCAUUGUUUGGUUUCUGUAACAAAAGCUGUAUUGAUGGUUGUUUUCUUCAGCUUGGAUGAUGCAAAAGUCAUGCCAAAAUGUUGAGACAUGCAAUGGGAUGUAGAAGGAACCCCCCCUAUACAGGACGUACAAUCAUAGAGGGACGGGGAUCGUAGCACUUUUGUGAAGCUUUUGAUGGCAUGAAUGUGCAUAUGUGUGUAUGUUUGUGUGAGUGAGUGUGUGUGUGUGAGUGUGUGUGCGUGCGUGUGUGUGUGUGAGUGUGUGUGUGAGUGUGUGUGUGUGUGUCCACAUUAGGCAAACUGUGAGGGAAGCAGUGAUUCAGCAAGGUGGUUGAUAACAGAUUUUUAACUGCUGAACAUGUGUGCAACCUUGUGGGAGAAAUUUUGGUUUUUACUUCUGUUGGUGAAAAAUGCUCUUAAUCCAAGCGAUGGCUGACAAUGUGUUUAUUCUUUUUUUGGUUAAACCCUUCAUUCAUCCAUACAUCCACUCACCUGUUCAUCCGAAUGCUGAGAUCAGUAUCAGUAUUUGGCCUCUCGAUUAUCUGCGCGUAAAUCAUAUCCUUAAAAUACCAUAUUCAGCACAAACGUUGUUGUUAACAGUUUUUUCCUCAGUAAGAGGAAGUAGGACACAUAAUCAGCUGCUCAUUUGCAUUUUGUCCCCAUGUGUCUCGUCGCUUUCCGUUAGCCGACUCAUUUUCUGAGCUGCUAACCCCAAAAGAGAACCUAAUUCACAGAAAACCGACGAAUGUCGUGUUAUCUUGCAGUCGAGGGCAAACCUUUGCCUGCAUGCUGACAAAAAAUGGAAACUAAUUUAUGGUUGACAUUGAUCUGCUCCUUUGGAAAACCAUCGUGAAUGAUAACCCUUUUGUACUGUCUUAAGAGAAUGUGUAGCUUGCAGUACAUUUCUGGAUUUUAAGGAACAAGAUAUCGGACAAUAUGCGCAAAACUAUAAAUACAGAGGAUUCAAGGAAUUGUGCUGGAUAGUAUUCAAUAAAUUUGACUCAUAGCUCUUCUUCUCCCCUUGAAUUAAAAUCCAUCUUGACAUCCAACAGAUCUCAAAGUCACUUCAGAUACCAUAGCACAUUUCGUCUCUUUGCCUGAAGAAGCAGGUUUCCUGUCACAGUGUUGCUCCGGGUCUCAUGUCGUCUCUCAGGCUCCUCCAGGCCAGCUAUAGCUGUCCCACAGCCUGAUUAGCAUUAGCACUCCCGGGUCCUCUUCUCCAGUCGCAGUUCAGCUAAUGAGAUCACUCUGGGUCACAGGGAAACUGAGUGGUCUGGAGCAAACCUUGAGAUGGACGGAUUCCAGCGCUUUGUACCCAGUGGACAGAUUUGAUGUAGAACAAGAGAUCCUGUUCGCAUAGAGAAAUGCCAGGAGAUAGUGAGAUAUAUUAAAAUAAACACUAAACUGUGAUAAAAAAGAUUUGAAAGAAAACAUUUUCCCACAUGAAUAUCUAAAUCAUUACAUCAGCCUUUGCAUUUUAUCUCAUGGAUUACAGAUAAAAUGAAUGACCAUUUAUCCGCAAAGUCUCAACCGUCUCUAUUCCUAUAACGAUAAAAUACCAUUUUUGUUUCCAUCCAUCCUCACCCCUUCUCUUCCUUUCUGUCCACAGCAGUUGUCCAUGCACUAUCAGCUGCAGGAAUGCACACUUUACACAUUUUGCCCAAAGAUUUGCAUAUUUGCAAGUAAACUGCUGUGAAUGUAGUAGAUUUAGUGACGAGCUGAGAGGCAGAGAUGCAGAAAACGAGUCUUGGAUGGGAGGUAAAAGGGAAAAGGGUUAGUGUUUUCUCACCUGAUCGGCCCAUUAAAUCUUAAUUACCAGCGUGCUCGGACUUCAUGCUCCAUAACAUUUUCAGUCCCUUGUCUACUGCUAGCUGGAGCCGAACUCAUUGUUCACAAAUGUAAAAUAAUAUUCACAUGGUCUUAGGUGUCUGGUGUUGUUGUGCUAGCAGGGUUAGCAGGAGUGAGGAAGUUUAGAUUACGUCAGCUGCUUAGCACACUGCCAAUAGCACCAGUGAAUUUCAUAUCAAAGUGCAGUCAGAGUGGGUCUGGAGUCUUGGGAAAUCGUUUACAUUGGAAACCAAUUUCAAUUCACCAACUGUUCAAGAGUUUACCAAUGUGUCAUAUGUGUAAAGUUCAGAAGAAAUCCUAAAAGGAAAUUUCUGUCCUUGGGAACUUACUGAAGGCAGGUUGGUCUGAAUCUAGGAUUGAUACGUAUUGAUGCAAAAGCAAGCAGAGAGGCUUGGGAUGGCCAAGCUUCAUCUGAAAAGAUGGAUAAAGUCUACACACUUUCAGUAGGUUUGUCCAAUAGAACACCAAUAUGUUGUUUUUUUUACCAACAGGUGUAAACAUUGGCCAAUUAUACGGACAAGUUAUGCAGGUGCAGCCUAGAACAUGGUCUCAUUGUACCAAAUUUCAUGCAUCCAUUUAAACUUAAACAUUCUUCUUUAUAGUCUUGACACGUGUCACUCAUUGGAGAACUUGUCAAGGUAUCUGCAAUUAACAACCAUUUGACUUAGUAAAUAGCCUGAAAGGGUUCCGACUAAGAAGAAGAGCAAAUUCAGACUCAAACCAACAAACCCAUUUAAAAAAAAGUCUCUAAACAUUGUCCUUGACUCCAGGCAGUUCUUCUAACAUUGUCCUUUCAGGGACCAGGCUCCGGUUUCCACAGUUUCCAACAUAUUACUCAGAAGAAGGAUUGUCAAUUUAGGCAGCUUUUGUAAAUAGUGUGAGAUCUUUCAUACAGAUCUGUAUUUGGCAACAGCACUGUCUCAGACAUUUCAGCAUAUCUAUAGAUCGGCUUUAGUUCUCGCAAACAUUGCGCUACAUAAUCAUAUUUAGCUAUCACACUCUCCAUGUGCACGCACUGCUAGCAUAGUCUGUUGGAGCACUCUGUCAAAUAUCCACUUAACAUGUGUCACUGAUCCAGGAUGCACUUUGCCACCAAGAACCAUUUUGCUACACGUCCACAUACAGACUAAAACCUCUGGUGAAAUGCCUUUUACAUCACCGUUAUUCUGGGGAAUAGGUUGUACUUUCAAACAUUCAGUCAAACUGGGACUUGGUUGAAUUUUCUUGGCGUCAGUAGCAUCCUGAAGUGACUGUCUGUUUCUACUGUGUUUGUCCUUGCUUGAAGUGUCAGUAUAUAAGAGAUUCACAGAUCUUUGCCCCUGUCCUUGUGUCUGUACAUUUCACCUCACUCCAACCGAAACCCUCUCCACCCAAACCUCGACCAUCUGAGCCCCUUUGGGUUUAAACAUGCUCAGAGUCCUCACAUAUCCAGCUGUUCUGUUCUGAGAGCUGUUCUCAAGCGCUAUGCAGCUUUUGAGCUCCAAGCAGUUCUUCAGAAAGACUGUCAUAUCUUUUCCACUUUUCUAUCCAAAUGUCGUCAGUCAGAACAGUAAAAGGACAGACAACUCGUCCGUGUAGGUGCAUCUCUGUCAGUUUAUCUGCACAGCUAGACCCUGAUGCUUGAGGGAUUUGUAUGGGUAACUUCAAGUUCAAGAACUUCUUAAGGACAGUGGUUCCCCCCUCUGUAUGUGCCAAACAAAUUGGUCUCAGAAAUGUUCUAUUCAUCUUACGUACAAGCUUUGUCAAAUAGUACAACUUUAUUGCUACCAAUCUUUUGUACAAUUUUGGUAAAGCAAUGCCUUCACAAUAAGUAACAAAAAAAAAGUUAUUGUAUUCCAUAUUGUUGAUUAUCAUCAUCAGAACUCUAUUAGUGAUUGGCUGUAAAUUAGAUUUGUUUUAUUUCUUUCAAUUGAGAACAUUUAAAUUUGGUUGUUCUUCCCAAACUUGGGUCUUAUUUUCUUACUUUUGCCCAUCAUUCCUAAUAAUUAUGGCUAUUUCUAAACGGGGUUAUAGUCAAAAUGAGACCAAAGUUAUAAUGAACAACUGAGCAUACUCUCAAUUAGUAAGCAUUAGCACCCAUACAACAAAAAUCUGAUGAACAGACAGACAUGACUUGGAUGCCAAUGUUCAUGUCACAUAAUGAAAUGAGUGACAAGUCCUUUAUUGUCUUUAGAGAAAGCCCCUUUAUAUCAUCCAGUCUGUAUACGCAUCUAACUCAAACUAAACCAACUUUAUAUUUCCUGGGGUGAGUUGACAUGUAGAGAAAAGAGAAGACAGCAGAUGUGUUUUUUUUCCAUCACAACAUCCCUCUCACCUGUCUCUCCGGGGCUCUGUUACUCUGAUACCUUUCAUUUCAACCUUCAAUCCAUAAACCUUCACUCCACACCCACCUUCCUCUCCGACAUCACCUUCACAUCUGUUGGGUUUUUUUACGUUUUACUUUCCUUUCUGUUGUUUUACUUACAAUUUUUGCUGUACAAAGUGUUUAAAAUAUUAUUUGUAUUAUAUGAUGUUAGUAUGGUAAUGUUCUUUAUUAAGGAAGAAGAAAAUUUAUUUUUGUUACUGGUCUGUUUCAUAAUUCUUUUCUAAAUUGGUAUUGUAAGAUAUCUAUGCAAGAACUGUUAAGUGGAGCAUUUUUAUUUAAGAAUGUAAUAUGUGUAAUAAAUGGUAGAAUCUG